GAAGAGCUCAAGAAAUACAAUCUCACCUUGCAAUAAAAUGUAAAAAAAACAUACCCAGAGAAAUUAGAAUUCAAGUACUUAGAGAUAUUCAGAGUGAAGAUAAUCCCAUACUAUCAGAAUUAUCAAAAUCUAUCAUCUUAAAAAAAAGAAAAUCUGAUUAUUUAUUAUUGUCUCUAGAUACUUAUUAUGAUAAGAUUGAAGCUAUCGAAUAA